GAUCGAUCUUCUGAGAUGGUUACUGCUGUGCAGAACCAAGAGAUGGGUGCACCAUUUUGGUGCAAAACGUGCAAGUGGUUGUUUAAGCAUGAGGAAUCCUAUGGUUUGACCAAAACCGAGGAAGGUUUCACCUGUGGCAAAUGCAAGGGUGAGAUCACCGUGAUGGGAUCAGCAGCUCAGCAUGCUUUCAACGUGCGUGAGAAGGAUAAGACCAAACGAUGGGGACCGAAGGGCGAUGGCCAAGGCCACCCCUCGGAAAAGGCACCUAUCACUCCAGCGCCUCAAGGUGAAGGUGACCCAUCGGAAAAGGUGCCUAUCACUCCAGUCCCUGGUGGGCAAGAGGACAACAGUGGAGGCUCAGCGCAGACGGAUCCGCUGUUUCCUUGGUUUUCGGAUCUUGGUGAUGAAAAGGGUACACCGGAGUGGUACAAUUACUUGCAUGAAGCGGUAUGCCGAAAGGGUAAGCCGUAUCGUGAGUUGGCCGAAGAGUUUGUGCGGUUCAUCUCCUUGUUGAGCGAGGAGGGGAUGGCAAAGUACGGCAAGGACUACAAGUCCUUGAAACACCAGAACAAAGAGCUCUCUAAGGUUAAGGCCUGCGAGGAGGCAAAGUGCGCUUUGGGAAGUAGUGACCGCUGCUGGGAGCCUGUUUACGGAGGUUCCUUAUGGGAUCAGUGGCCUGUCCCUGGUGGGUUGUGCCAGAAGGGUGCAACACCUCUGGUGUUGGUUGGAGAUGCCCCCGAUAUCAGUGUUGGCAGGAUGAUGGAUUUGUUUUCAAUGCUGCCAAUGAUUGGAGCUGAGAUUUGUGUCGAUGGUGAGGCACAAAAGGAUCAGCAUCCUGAAAGGUUGAAGGAGUGGCAGAGAACGGACUGCCUGCCAUUGAAUGUCGUGUGUAAUGGCAUCCGCUGGGUUGCUGACUUGAUGUGCCAGUCCGUGCCUAACAAGGACCCAAAUGGUGUGUUGCCAAAGUGGGCCUUUUGGAUUUACUCCAACUACAAGGAGCUUCAGUAUGCGAUGGCUGGACACAACAGGGAUCUGAUGACGUGUGAGGAGACACGUCCUGUUUUGAGUUGGGAAUGCAGUUGCCCAUGGCACAGCACCAACGCUUACGUGUUGAAGCACAAGGUGUACUUGCCUGUGCACCUUCUUGUAAAUGUAGUCUCACUAGUGCUGAAGCACUUGGAGGAGCUGAAGGCGGAGAUGCUUCAGUUGGAAGCACUGGUGGCCAAAGAUGUGAAUCGACAGCAGCUGCAGCAGGAACUCAAGCGAAAGGCUGAGGAGCAGGAGAAAGAUGAGGAGGCGAAGAAGCCUAGGGUUGAAGAGCCCGCUAUGCAAGCAGCACCUGCUCCAGCAGCCAGUGGUGUGCCCCAGUUUGCCCUGACUGAAGAGGCAUUUCGUCGUACUGCAGAGAUGGUGACUCAGAAUCUCCUGCAGACGAUGCCUAUGUUGGCGGGAUUGGGGCAGCCUGCUCCUGUGGUGGCACCCACUGGUGCACCAAUGGUGGAUCAUUCGGGUGUUAUGGCUGCGCGCCAGGAUGAGCUAGGGGACAGGCGUGCAGCGGCCCAGGAUAGGCGUAAAGCUUGGAUCGAUCAAGCCUGGAAGAAGGCUGAGGGUGAGGAGAAUCUUGAUGAUUUCCUUGAGUUGGAGAGAUGGUUGUGGAAGGUUCUCGGGUUUUUCUGCAGCCGUCUUAAGCCAUGGCAUUCGGUGCUGUAA